UUUAUGGGAUUUACCAUCGACGAUGAACAAGAUAUUCAAUGAUAUUAAAUUUUUAGUAGUAAAAGGAGUGGCAAAUAAAAUCCUAUAAACGUUAUACGUUUCAUUUAUCGUAAUGAGUACAAAAAUGAUUAACUAUAGCCAAAAAAAUAAAAAUGGUAAAGUUAGUUCAAUUAGCUGUUAACGUGUUAAAACGUAAUAACUGAUUUUAUCUUAAAGUAUUUUCUUUUAUUAAAAAUAAUUUCACUCCGAUUAUCAUAGUGAACACUUGUUUUACAACAAGUUUGAAAUAAUUUUAUCCUCUUAUAACUAAAAAAUCUGUUACGCCAUCUGCAUAAUUGCACAGUGCACAAAUGUUUCUUCACUCAUGGACAGGUUAAAUUCCUGAGACUUGGUACGAAUUUCUUAAAAUACGUUAACACCGUAGGGAAUUUUAGAAUUUUCACAUUUUUACGGAUGAUGGAGGAGGUUGACAAUAUAAUUAUUCAUUCAUUGCGUCAAAUAGGCUGUUAACUACAUUUUAGUGACAUAGAAGAGAGUAUAACAAAUCUUGCUGAUUUCACUACGGAGUUAGUGGUAGAAUCAACAAUAAAGUGUUUAGACAUAAUAAGGCCGGGUCUUGGAGUAUCUACAGUUUUACCUGUAAAUAUGGCAGCCCGUUUUCGAUUGGGUGCUACACUUGCUCAAGCAUGCUCAGACUUAGGAUACAAAGGUGAUAUUGGAUACCAAACGUUUCUAUAUAGUUCAGAAGCUGACCUACGAAGAGUUUUCAUGUUUCUAAUAGAAAAACUACCAAAGGAACAUGAUAAGACUUUGAAUGAACCGAUUAGUAAUAUUGCAUUAUUAGAGAAGUCUAUAGCAGCAGCAAUAUCGCAAGGCCUUUCAGCUCCAUGGUUGCCACAUUAUUGCCAUAUUAAGGGAUUUAGAAAUAGAGGCAGAGCAAGUGUCCCUUAUGUAUCUGUAAAUUUGGAGGUACCAACUAUAAACAGCGAGGAAGAGUAUCAAGACUAUUGUAUACAUUAUUUGCAACCUGUGCCUAAACAAGUGCAAAAUCAACAAUCCUUUUUACCUUCUUUGAUAUCCUAUAAUGAGAAAGUACUGCAUACUCAGUCCAUAAAUAUUCUUGAUCGAAUAAAUUGGUUAAAUAAAGUACACAAUGAAAAAGUCACAGAUGUUAAUGCAUCAAGUGAAGUCGGUGAAAUCAAUAGAAUUACAAUAAAAGAAACAAUGCCAACUACUAAACAGUCUCAGGUAAAGGACGAGAACACUUCAGAACCUAUAUUACAAAAACAAGAAACUCUAACUCAAGUGAAAAAGCAGGAAUUAGAAGUAGAGAAAAUAAAAGUAGAGUGUGAAAGUCUUAGAAGUAAUAUGGAAGAAUUGCAAGAUGAAAUUAAGAAGUUGAGUACUGGUAUAACCCAAAUAACAAUUAAUUAUCAGAAUGAGGAAAAAGAAUUAAGGAUAAAUGAAGAACAGAAAAAAAUUAAAGUUCGUAUUUACGACCUACUAGAAGAUGGUGAGGAAAAUAUUAAGAAGCUGGAAAUAGCGAUUGAAGCUACUACAAACAAAUUAAUAAGUUUAGGCAAUCAGUGGGAGAAGCAUAGAGUACCUCUGAUUCAAAAAUAUAGGCAAGAGAGAGAGAAACAUUCAACAAAAGCUAGUGCAAGUCAAAAGAAACUUGAUGAAAUUAAGUUAUCAAAGGAGAAAGAAAGAGAACUUCAAGAAGAAUGCCGUAACAAAGAUCAACAAUAUUCACAGUUAGUGACAGAAGUUCAAAAACUUCCUAAAGAAGUGAAUAGGUCGGCAUAUACUCAACGAAUUUUAGAAAUAAUUAAUAAUGUUAGGAAACAAAAAGACGACAUCAAUAAAGUCUUAGCUGAUACACGGGAAAUUCAGAAAGAAAUUAACACGCUUACAGGCAGAGUGGAAAGAUCGUUCACAGUUGUUGACGAAUUAAUAUUUCGAGAUGCAAGAACAAAUGAAGCGUCAAGAAAGGCUUAUAAAUUAUUGGCUACACUUCAUUCUGAUUGUAGUGAGCUUGUAAAUUUAGUGGAAGAGACGGGUGCCACUAUACGAGAAAUUAGAGACUUAGAAGAACAGAUCGAUUCUGAAUCUACGAAAAAUGUUGGAGCAAACUUAGAGAGAAUAACUGCUGAUUUGAAACAAAUGAAACAAGAAACAGCAGCAUUAACUGCACAAUUGCAAAGUAAAUCGUCGUGAUUGUUAUAUAAUUUAUGGUACUACGAUACGUGCCGUAAUAAUUACGGUGAGAACAUUCCUUGCAAGCCAAUGCAGUUAUGGGAACGAAGACCAAAUUUUAUAGUACUGUAAAAUUUACAGAGUACACUGACUGCCAUAAAGCAGUCUUUUUGAGUCUGUUAAGACUUGAUUGCUGAAUGUGUACCUUGGUCCGAAGUUAUGUAAUAAUAAAUAUGCUUAAAAUUGGACCAAGUGUAUAACAUGAACUCAUUUAAUACUAACGCUCAAAGGGAACGUUAUUUGUUACAGAGCCUAAUAAUUUUUUAGCAUAAAAUUUAAUUAUACAAUUAUCUUUCAUAUUUCGAAUGAAUACGCGGCUUCGGAGAAAUCUCCUACAGACGUACGUAAAACAUAUUUAACAAAAAAAUCUCUUCUAAUCGAAUAUGUACAAAGUCUGGAAGAUAAAUAACAUGUAAUAUAUUUUUAUUGUCUCUUACCAUGUUCAUCCUUUCAAGAGAAAAUUCUGUUGGAGUGGAAUUUAUUAAAUAACUUUUAUUUACAAAAUAUUAUCCAUCAUUUACAAUGACAUUAUAACCGGUUGAUUAUUCUAAUUUGAAAUUGUAGGUGGUACAUAUUCUUCUGUUGCCUUCAAUUUUCUUAGUUUCUUUUCUGACUUGGGCAUUUUAAGAAUACGCUCCAUUUCUGCUUCUUCUUCCGCCUCUAUUUCCGAUAUUUUCAGCUCUAUAUUCUCUUCUUCGUCGAAGAAUGUUAAAAGUCUUUCCUGUUUCAUCAUCUCUUCCUUUAUUUUUUGUACAUUAUCUAAUCUAGAAGCUAUCUCCAUCUGUCUCGUUUGCUCCUCUAAGACUUUCUUCCUUUUCUCUUCCCAUUC